AUGGCGGCCGACAAAAUAGCAACGCCGCUUGUGGCGAUAACGGAAACUAAAAAAUACAGAGCAGGCGAGUAUAGAGGUGUUUUCGCGAACACUUCCACGAAUUACAAUGCUCGUUGGACGCUAUCGGCAGAGUUUAAAAGGUUUUACAGUGUCAAACAAAACUACUCCGAAAUAGAACAAGAAAAGAUAUUAGAAGUUCUAAAUGAAGACCAGUCGAGUUUGGCUAGGUAUGACAUAACCAAAGCCAGAGCAAAGAAUGUGGCUGAAUGGGUGAAACAAAAUGGUCAAAUAAAAACAUUAGCAGACAUUGAAUGUAUAGAAGGUUUUACGGAGAGGAACACUAAGAAAUUAUUCAAAAGUAUUUUAGAGGAUAAACCAAAAACUCAGAAUUUAAGUAAAAAAAUUAGAGGACAGAUAUUACAACCUAAUUUAAGUGAAAGUGUUAGACAGUGUUGUCAGUCUGUACUGGCUGUAUAUAUAACAGCGAGUUCAGUUUGUUGGGCAUUUAUUAAUAGAAGUAAUUAUGAAUUACAACAAUGGGUCUAUCACGGCAUUGACUAUCCCGAAGGAAAGAAAAUGCAGAUCACUGAUAUAUUAGACAUUGCAUGGAAGAUAACAAGUAUAUUACCUCAAGCAGACAUCUAUGUAACAAAGGCUGAAGCUACUACAUUAAGGGCAAGUGGCAAUGAUCCCGGGAAUGCUAAAGUAUUAGCGGUCAAUUUACAGAAAGCACAACUGGUUGCUAUGAUAGUGGCAUUGAUUAAUGCUAGACAUUUAGAUGGGAACGUCUCUGAAGAUGAAGCAGAGAUUAAACAAAAAGUUUACUUCCUAAGACCAACAUUACCCUUUAGACUCUACGGAACACUAGUAGGCAACGAACGUGUAUCAACAGAACAGACUGUAGAAAAUUUACUUCAAGAAGUUUCUAGAAAUGAAGCAAAGAAUCAAGUGAAAGUUCCGGAACAUCUGUGUACUAUGUUCCAACAACAGAAAGAUCUUCAAAAAGACAUGCUGGGACACUGUCUUCUUAUGGCUCUCACCUUUAUGGAUAUAUGUGUGUACAGAAACAGUGAUAGCAUCAAUAAAUUGUUGAAACGUAGUGAAUAG